UCGAACUUCGAAUCUUCUGGUUGUUCUCCGUGUAACUCGCUGUGAAUUGAACUUUACCUUAUAUUAACGAAUUCUGAAUCUUGUGAUAAUCAAACAACGAAUCCUGACUCAUUGACGUGUUUAACGCCACUGAAUCAAACGCAUUGAAAAUGGUGAUACAUAUCAAUAGUGGCGAUACUGGACGCAACAAGUUAGAGCCGGUAGCCAUUGUGAAUAAUUUUCGAAUUCUUCCCGCAACUUGAGCAUCUCCGCAGACGAUUUGGAGUGCAUAAUCGGUGCAUACAAAUAUCUAGGAGCAUUCGUACUGGAUCACCGCUCUUUCUACGACGAAAAUUUAUUAGUUUUGAUCUCAUUAAUUUUCUCUCAAUUUCUCUGCAACGGAAUUUCAUCGGGUGUCUUCGGCUUCACUCGUAACGUUCCGUUUACCCGCUCAAACUGCUCCGCAACAAAAAUUACCGCGUAUUGUGAUUCUCAUACUCAACUUCUCAUCGUACCACCCUGACUACAUUCAACCCACUAUACUCAACAUACAAUGGUUCAACCCCCUACACAGCUGUAGUCAUCAGGGAUGCAGAGACAUCCGGGUAAAAUCCGAGACCCCUGAUCUCUGGAACCAGAUCGGGUCCGGUCUUGGUACCGGCAGCGAUGGGUAAGUCCCAGCACUUAGAUUUCCUCGAUUUCUUUGCCAGCUCACACGAUGGUGAACACUGGCAUCGAGGUCGUUGUACAAUAUUUAUUUUUAACAAUGCUAAUUCCCUUCCUCAUUUUAUGUGGCGUGUCGGUACUUUUAGAUUUUAAAACAAAUUUUAGCGAUUGAUUUCUUUGCGUCUAUCACUCAACGGUACAGAAAAUUUAGUCGUUCGAACGGUGGUUCUUUACCAUAGUAUCAAUUUCUAUAUGAAUCGGGGUUUUCGUCAGUAAAAUCAUUUCUUGGAUAAAUAUAGGUGAAAGGCAGGUAUAGGUAAAUUCAUGCAUCGCGAAGGGUUUCUAUUUGGCAUGUAUGAGGAGUGUGUACGCGAGUGUGCAACUAAUAGUUUCAACCGUUGGGUGGGAUGUGGGCUUAACUAAAUGGGCAGGCAAGAAAUCGGAAGUAUGUACAUCUUUUCUUUCCACAGCAAUUCCACAGCCUUCCAAUAAUUCACGAACCCAAUCAGACAAAUUAAAUAAACUAAGUUUUCUGCUUUCCUGUAAUAUUUGUGUUCACUUGGAAUGGGCAAAAUGCGUCCCUCUUGCUCUCCGUACCAUCGUGGUGUAUGGAAGAGAGGUGGACGUUGAGCCGAAGACUUCGCGUCAAAGAGGAUCGCCGGCCGCCACGCCACAAAUUUGUAAACCUUUCUCCUUUCCACUCCCCUAUUCUAUUGGGAAUAGAAGGAUGCGAUUAAAAAUUGCACUACUUCGAUUUCCAAUAGCAUAAAUAUUCCAACUCUGACGCUGCUCGCACGGGUAAAGCGCGAGGAGGAGGAAUCGCAUGUUAUCACUGCAUGUUAUGUGUUAGUAUAUUGAAUUUUUUAUAUUCCCAUUUGGGCCAUUUUUAAAACAAUGACUAGCGUGACUUGCCAUCUUGCAAGGCGCUUUAAUAACUUGAUUUGAGAGACUUUCUUCCAGGAAUUUAAAGUAAAAUGAAAACCCAAGUUCCGUUGCUGCUGCUCGUAUGCGCGCAGACUUGGCACUUAAAACAUAAAUGUCAACGCUUUAUGCGUUUUAAACCCAAAAACCGAAAAAUUGUGAGGAAUCAAGUACUAUCGCACCUUUUUGUGCGUGGUACUUGACUUCCACGGGAUUAUUUUUAAGCUACUAAACAAAAUUUUAUCUUUCAGAUUGUUAGUUUUUUAAUUCACUAGAAUUAACGCCAAUAAAAUUUUCUUACAGGUCCUACUCGAUAGAUCUCAGUCUCGAUACUAAUCAGACUUUUUUUUACCGUUCGUGAUCCAAUUUAUUAGUUUUAAUACUAAUCAAAUGUCUUUUGCAGGUUGUCUCUAGCUACUAAUCCAGUUUGCUUUCUGAUUUCAGAAAUCCGUUGUCUCUGAGAACUCUCCAAGUUUUUUUUUCCAGAUCCUUGAUUUUAAUAUACGAAUCAUAUGUUUACGGUUGAUACGGGACCUUGCUACGAAAGCCUGAUGGGGACAGAAUAAACUAAGGAUUAACAAUGUUUUAAUCAUUUUUCAUAAAUUCUUUUACAAAUUUGAAAAUAAUGUCACGCGGAUAGUUGUAUAUCGACGCUGAUGCAGUUCGGAAUAUCGACACAUGGAGUCAGUGAGAUGUCCCCACCGGGCUUCCGUGUAAAAACCGGUGCUCGUGAUCAUCGCUGACGGACUAAUUCCAUUUACAUGUUUAAAAAACUUGCUGUGAAAGAAUAUUAUACGCGUAAAAAGCUAUCAAAAAAGUUGUCAUAGAUAAAAAUGGGUAAAGCAAAGAAAGGGAAACGAGCUGGCAAGGAGGAGGAGAUGGACAGUGAUGUUGAUAUGGAAGACCAAGCAGUUGAUGAACCUGUGAAAGUUAAAGCCAAAGGAAAGGACAAGAAAAAGAAGCAGGGGGUUGAUGGUAGUUCUGAGAAAACAGAUAGUAAAAAGAAAGAAUCUGCAGAUGAAUCGGAAGAUGAAGAGCCCAGGCCUAAGGCAAAAUCAAAAAAAGGAAAAAAGGCACAAGAUUCAGAUGACGAGUUUGAGAUAGAAAAACCAAAAGUAGUUGCUAAAAAAAACGUAAAAGCAAAAGGUGGAUUUGCUUUACUUCAGAUGGAGGGAGAUGAUAAUGAUGAAGAUAUAGAACAAUCAAGUGACAAUGACUCUGAGGAAACUGUGACAAUACAAAAAGCUAAACCACAACAACAGAAAAAACAAGAGCCCCAAGGAAAGAAAGGAAAAAAAGGUAAAAAGAAGCGUAAUGACAGUGAUGAUGACAUAGAAAAAGUAUUAGCCGAAUUAGAGUUGGAAUAUUCUGGUCAAACGAAAGAUACUCGAGUUGAAGUGAAAGAAGUGACGGUUGUAGGGACCGACGAUUCAGUUACCAAGUCAAAGCAAAAGGAUGCAGAUGAUUUUGAAGAUAAAGAUAAUGAGAUAAAUGACAACGAAGGUGAAGGUGGAACUGUAAAAACUGCUGCACAAAAAAAGAAAGAAAAGAAAGAACGAGAGCGACAGAAAAAAUUAGCCCAGAAAAAAGCAGAGGUUGCGAAAAAGUCUGAAGGCACCACUGUAUCACAGGAAGAAAAGUCGACAGAGCAGAUCAAAGCUGCACCCAAACCUGCUGACAAGCAGAUUGAACAUCGAGAAAAGGAUGGGGAAGGUGAGGAGGGUGGUGAGGAUGACGUCGCCGAGGAAGAUGGAAAGAAGAAGAAAAAAAAGGGAACCAAGGAAGAUCCAAAGGACAAAGCAAAAGGCAAAGGUCCAGCCAAAAAAACUAUAGCUGCAAUGCAGGAGGCUCUGAAGAAACUCAAAGAGGAUGAAGAGAGAUUGCAGCGUGAAGAGGAAGAGAGAGUUAGGGAAGAAGAAGCUCGGGAGGCUGCAAGAUUGGAGCAGUUGCAAUUGGAGCAAGAACGCAAAGAGAAAAAGAAAUUGAAGGAGAAACAGCGCAAAGAGCGAUUGAAGGCAGAAGGAAAACUCCUUACCAAUAAACAAAAGUUGGACAGAGCAAGGGCACAGGCAAUGAUUGAUGCUCUGAAAGCUAAGGGUGUAGAUUUGCCAGAUGUCGGCGAGAAGAAAGCAAGGCCGGGUACCAGAGUCAGACCUAGCAAAGUGAAACAGCAGCUGAGCACCGAAGAAAAAGAAAGGGAUGACGAAAAAAAAGAUGAGAGUAAUGAUGAUUCUGAACAAGUGCAGGUGGAAAUAGUAGAUCAGCAGGUGCCAGAAGAACCGAAAACGGAGGCUGAAGUUAAGGACUCUUGGGAUGCUGAAUCCACAGAAGAGGAACAUGAAGAAGAUCAAUCGGAACAGAUAGUGAAACCGACGAAACCGGUAUCGCAAGAAACAACUAAACAGCGACAAGUUGUGAGCAAAAAGGAAUCGUCUGAAAGUGAAUCGGAUACUGUCAGCGGAAGCGAAUCUGAAUCAGAAUCUGACUCGGAUGAGGACAGUGAACCCGAUGACAAAAUGACCGAUGCCGAACGCAAAAAAGAAAAGGCCAGGAUUAGGAUACAAACUCGCAGGAUUCAGGCGGAAAAAAAUAAAACGCUCGAUAAUCUUCGAGCAGCUGUAGUGUGCGUCUUAGGUCACGUUGAUACGGGAAAAACAAAAAUUUUAGACAAACUUAGAAGAACUAACGUUCAGGAUGGAGAAGCGGGCGGCAUCACUCAACAAAUUGGUGCAACUAACGUCCCCAUAGAGGCAAUUCAAGAAUCUACUAGAUACGUCAAAGGGUUUGCGGAUAAGAAGUUCAAGAUCCCUGGUCUCCUAAUCAUAGACACACCUGGGCACGAGUCGUUUAGUAAUUUGCGAAAUAGGGGUUCUUCUCUAUGUGACAUUGCUAUCUUAGUGGUCGACAUUAUGCACGGAUUAGAACCACAAACUAUCGAAAGUAUCAAUUUGCUCAAAGCUAAAAAAUGCCCGUUCGUCGUUGCCCUCAACAAAAUCGAUAGGUUAUACGAUUGGCAAACAAUGAGCCGGAAGGAUGUACAGGAUAUAGUAAAAAAUCAAGCACCCAAUACUCAGCGAGAAUUCGAAGCACGCACAAAGGAAGUAAUAGUCCAAUUUGCGGAACAAGGAUUGAACGCGGCAGUAUUUUAUGAAAAUCCAGAUCCUCGUAGUUACAUAUCAUUGGUCCCAACCAGUGCUGUAACAGGCGAGGGUAUGGGUAACCUUCUCGGGCUAGUGGUUGACGCAUGUCAAGGGCCGUUGGCUAAGCGACUUAUGUUCAGUGAAGAAUUACAAGCAACGGUAUUAGAGGUGAAAGCCCUUCCCGGCCUAGGCACGACGAUAGACUGUAUUCUUGUCAAUGGCACAUUACGGGAAGGUGAUACUAUGAUAGUCGCCGGUACAGACGGACCGAUCGUAACACAAAUUCGCUCCUUACUAAUGCCGCAACCGCUCAAAGAGCUCAGAGUCAAGAACGCUUACAUAGAAUAUCGGGAAAUAAAAGCAGCCCAAGGUGUCAAAAUUGCUGCCAAGGACCUAGAGAAAGCCAUAGCAGGUUUAAAUCUACAAGUCGCACAAAAGGCAGACGAAGUUGAAUUGCUCAGGGAAGAAACCGCCCGGGAGUUGACCAGCGCUCUAGGACAUAUAAAACUUGCGGAACGUGGUGUUUAUGUCCAAGCCUCAACUCUAGGAGCCUUAGAAGCCCUACUAGAUUUUCUCAAAAGCAGUAAAAUUCCGUAUGCCGGAAUUCGAAUCGGUCCAGUCGUCAAAAAGGACAUCAUGAAGGCGUCCAUUAUGCUCGAACACGAUAGCCAGUACGCUACGAUAUUGGCUUUCGACGUUAAAAUAGAAAAGGACGCACAGGAUCUCGCCGAUUCUGUGGGGGUGAAAAUUUUCCAAGCUGACAUUAUUUAUCAUCUCUUCGACAAAUUCACCGCCUACAGAGAAGAACUGAAACAGAGAAAACGAGAUGAGAACAAACACAUCGCUGUCUUCCCCUGCAAACUUAAAGUUCUUCCUCAGUUCAUCUUCAACUCUCGAGACCCCAUCGUAAUCGGCGUGAUGGUCGAAGCUGGAGUGGUGAAAGAAGGAACACCGAUCUGCGUACCGAGUAAAGAGUUCGUCGAUCUUGGAAUUGUCACGAGUAUAGAGUACAACCAUAAGCCUGUAGAAACGGCGAGGAAAGGACAGGAAGUCUGCAUAAAGAUAGAAUCGGUACCGGGCGAAGCCCCGAAAAUGUUCGGACGACAUUUUGACGAAAAAGAUUUUCUCGUCAGCAAGAUAAGCAGACAGAGUAUCGACGCCUGCAAGGAUUACUUUAGGGACGAUCUUCACAAAACCGAUUGGCAAUUGAUGGUCGAAUUGAAAAAGCUCUUCCAAAUUCUCUAGUCGUAAGAGAUAAGGCUUUAUGCAUAUAAUAUACGAUACAAAUUGAUCGAGAUUAACGGUAAAUAUAAUACGACUAUAAUGUACGAGUAUGAUUUACAAAUCACGUACAUAGGUAAUACGAUUAUCGCGAAAAAAGUCAUACCACAUCACAUAAACGAAUACAGUAUACCCACCCCUAUUUCAAUAUCUACUGUUCGCUUAUGAAGUCGUCCUGAUUCACGACGCGCAAUGACCGAAAUCACGUUGUAUUACAUAUGCAUAAGUACACGUGUACUAUUCUCUCAUCGACACACGUAUAUAGUGUCUCAAGAUAUACCUAUACCCUCUCAUUAACACAUACACAUAAAUAUCCCACAGGAAUCAUCGUAAUAAUAAUAAUACUAGUAAUAGUAAUAGUAAUAGUAAUAAAUUUUAAAACAGGAAGCACAUACACAUAUAUAUACACGGGGUGAUUCGGAAAUUGAAAGGUGAAGAGGUAAAAUUGAUCGCGGAUUAUUAUCUUGUGCGAGGCUAUGUUAUAGAUAUGUGUACAGUAUUUCGGCGUGAAGGUUUGUCAAUGAAUUUUGAAGUUUUCCUCUUCUGCCCCCUCAUGACAUGACUAAUUUUCUAUGUAUAUGCGUCCAUGCGUAUGUACAACAUAUUUUUAUCUACGCAUUAUUAUAUGCGAGCCUUACGAAACUUUUAGUAUAACGGAGUCAUAUAAUUUCAUAAAUCAACCGGAUACAGUUGUCGACUAAUUUUCACUUCCGGGAAGCGUGCGUAGCGUGGUUCAUGUACAUUUAAACGCAUAUAGGUAUAUACCUACGGUGAAUUUAUGUUACAACAUGACGUUUUAUUGUAAGAGAAUUUCUAUCUAUACACAUUAUAUUAACUGCAGAUGUCUGAUAAAUGGCGUUUCUUGUUUAUUGAUUUGAAUUACAUAUGUAUACAUCAAAAUUACACCGUAAUUCAGAUCUGCAUUAUUAUUAGAAAAAGAAGACGCCUCUUCGAUGAGAAAAUAAGGUUAUGAAAGCGAAAAAAAAAUUAGAUCUAAAGAAGUGAAGAGAUAUCAUUUUGCAUGGGGAUGUGAGAGCGACGAAAGAAUCGAAGAAUUGGGUACACAUGGAGAGAUCAUAAAUGGCAGAAUAAGACGGAACGCGAUGAGAAAUAAGUUGGCAUCAAAUAUCCCUAACGGAAAUUUACGUGCGAUCGAUGCAGAUCGAACCGCUCCCGAUCCCUACCUCUGCCGCGCACUGCUGUAAAUUCCCCCUAGGGUUAUAUUUAGUGCCAACCUAAAUCUCAUCACGUAGUAUCUAACUACACCACUUGUGAUUGAAUCAUGUGUACACGUAUGCCGCAGUAUUGAGAGAAUAUCCAUUUGUAAUAUAGCAUAUUCUGCUCUACAAUUAUGCGACUGUAUAAUAGAUAAGUAAUACACUUAUAAAUAUUUACUUAAUUGGUUUAAAUAUUCUUAUCAAAAUCUCCACACAUGAAGUGACCGCAAGACCGGAUGUUUUGUUAGAUUAUAUAAAUACGCAUGUGUAAAUACAUGUACUAUAUAGCACACGUAGAAAGAACAAAACGAUAAGGGAAAAAUUAUCCUUUUCGAGAUCGAAUCGUGAGUAUCUAGGCGUAUGCGACGUAUGCGUAUGUGUGAACGUUGAUAAUGUCAAUGAAAGUCGUGCGAUUCGAUAGCGUGAAUCGUUAUGAUCCAGCGUCAUAAAACUUUCGACACCUGGUAUUAUGCGCCGUUGUUUUAUCUUUUCAUUGUCAAACAGGAAGUUAUGUAUGCCUCGGUUGGUUUUUUAGAAUGAAAAAUAGCAUGUAUAUACGGCGAACACCGAAAAAAAAAACUUUUUUUCGUAUUUUUUUUCUCUUCUAUGAAUUUCGUUACCCCUUGAAUGAAUUUAGAUUUCAUGAGUACACCUAUGUAUAAUGUAUAACUACAGUAUGUACGCGCAAUGAUUCGGUUAAAUUUUUUUAUAUCUUAUUUUUCUCCGUUUCAAACAAAUUUCUCACACCCGAUCCAAAUCACACGAAUCAAUAAUUUCUCAUAUCGCCACGCGAUGCGAUGCGAUGCGGAGGGAAAUAAAUUAAUAUAUUUCAGAGGGUGAUGCAAAAUUUUAAUUACUAUUGAAAACACCUCAUAAUAUCGAUAAAAAUGUGAAUUGCGAGGAGGGGUAGGAAAAGAACAUUAUUAGACAAGGAAAAAUUAAGUGUGGAGGAUACCGAGAUCGUACGUUACUAUGCUCGCCGCAUGCAACCGCUAGCGAGUACCUCGUAUGGUGAUGAAAAAAAUUACGGAACAAAAAAAAAGAAAAAGAAAAUGGAGUAAACCGGAAGAAUGAAUUGUGUCGCGUGGGGGCUAUGUUGAACAUAGUAUAGGAUAACGAAUUUAUUAAAAGUAUAGCUCGACACGUGACAAGAAUACCGUUGGUUGACUCCUCGGUUGACUCGAGCUUGUCAGAAAUAAAAAAAUCCAAGUUAUUUUUUUUGUUGUUUUUUCAUUACAUAUAUGCGAAUCGUAGUAGAAUUGCAUGACACAAUGCGUGUAUCAAAAAAAAAGGAAAGAAAAAGUAGUAAAAAAAAUUAUAGUAAGAAUUGAGGGUGGAAAGUUUCAAUGCCCCAUAUAUAGAGAAUACAUAUGAACUCUAUAUAUGUAAUGUGUAUGUAUGUAUCAGCUAUAUAAAUAUAUAUAAUGAGGCGCGUUUAUAUAGGUACGUACGUGUGUAUUGUACAUAUCGCCACCCAUCGAUUGAAAUCGUAUGAUGAUUACCGCCGAUAUGAUGAUGAUGAUUUUUAAUUAUUAUUCUUACUGCAAUUACUACAAUUAUACAAUGGGUGAAACGUCAUGUACCUAUACUCAUAGUUAUCUGUACGUGUAUAUAGACAUGCACCCAUACAUCCGUAAACAUAUUAAAAUACAUGUAUGUAAGUAUGCGUGUGUGUUUUAUAUGUAAUGAACUCUUGAUUAAGAAAAAAAAAAACAAAAAUCAAAAGAACAAAGGGAAUUUUGAAAUAUGAAUAACAAAAAAAAAAAAAAACGAAUGAAUAUACAACUGAUUGCAUAUUCUUCGCAAUGAAAAUUGAAACAAUGAAUGUUAGGCGAAAUAAAAAAUGCGAGAAAAAAACGAAAGAACUAAAAUUAAACGUAUAUAUGUAUACUUUUAAUCACCUGAAAAUUCCACAAACUGUUUUGAUUUUUUUCAUUGAUUUGAGAAACACGUUUAUUUAUUUAUCGCUAUUUUUCAAGGCAGUGCAGGUUCUAGUUGAUUAGUACGUCUACUUUAUAUUUAACGCAUCUACAUAAUGGUCUGAAUUGAUCUUGAAAUUGCAACGAUCGAGUUAUCACCAGUUAAUCAUUUUCCCAAAAUUGUCUUUUCUGAGGACAAAAUAUGUAGAGAAACAGUCGCUCGAGCGAUCAGAAAGAUAUGAAAUUUUCGCCCCCCCCAGUUAUCGCAACAACCAUUCCAUAUCUGUUUUUUCUGAUUUCCGACCGACCGAUGUAAGUUUUAUAAUAGUAUUAUUUGGCCAAAGUGAAAACCUGCGUACGGAGUGAGGUGUUAAAAUAUACAUAUAUGUUUGGAUUUCGUGUAGUUUAAUAUCUCGGCGAUGUUAUCUCCACGUAUAUUGCGCGUAGGCGUUCUCCGAACUAUGAAUAUAUAGUUGCGCGCCUAUAACAUAUCGAUAUUUAUCUAUUGAUACAAUAUCAUCCGCAUAUAUCGCACGAUUACAAUAUAUCGUUAACGCUCACAUAUGUGUAACGUGAUACGUGUUAACGGUGAAGGAUAUACAGACGUGAUUAAUAUACGUAUACGUACGCGUUACCACUGACGGAAGAAGCGACUCGCGUUCGCGGGUUUUUGACGCUGCCGGUUGUUGUUGUUCAAACGCGACUACAUUAAAUACGAAGUUCCUUUCCUAUUACACGAGAAUUUCCAUGAAUGAAAUUUGCAAGACAUCGCGUUCUAUUCAAUGGACAAUAAACGCGUCUUGACCGUCACGACCACUACCAGUGAACGUCGAAGCGAAUAUGUGUAACGUUCAUGUACGCACGACACUUACGUAAGAAACUCCGCGCGUAAUCUGUCUACCAAUACUACUGGUACAUAACGAACUUGUCCUUGUAUAACGGUAAUAACGAACCAGAAGGCAUACUGCUAGUACGUAGCGUCGGAUUAGAACGGAACUCGAAUUCGAUCAAACAUCAUUCACACGUCGUCCUAUACGCGCGGCGCGCCUCGACGCUAAGUGAAUUCAUUCAUUCGUCCGUAUUCAUUCAUAUGUGUCGAUGGAGUUGCUUCGCACAUCGCUACACUUCUCGUUGCCAUUAGCUUCUGUUUGUCGCAAUGGUGAGGAACGUUCCUCGCGAUUUUUACGUUUCACAUAGAUACUUAUUUAUGUAGAAACGAACGAGGUCCGUCAUCCGCACGUCCAUACUUUAUGGGAAAAGAAAAACGGACUUCGCUGCUGCCUUUCCUAUAGCGCAUACAGAGCGAUGUAAUGAGAAGUUCUGCGAGAGGUGUAGCGAUUUUGCAGAUGAUCAUACGUUUCACUAUCUCAUAUUCUCAGUGAGAGGCAAAAACACAUCUGAGUUUCGCGAGUCGUAAAAAAUUUUAUACGGAUUCUGUAAAGUUUCGAGAAUAACCUUUUUUUAAACUUCACCCACGAACUUCCGGUAACCGAAACGUACGUACAUCGUAUACAGAUAAUAAUAGUUUGGUUAAAUACGCGUAGGUUGCCAAACGGUAUUUUGUAUGUACUGUCCUUAUAAGCGGCCUAGGUUUCGCUGGCCUACAUGAUUAUUCGCAUAAAAACUUUUGUGCAGUUUAUGCGUCCAGCUAUACUUGCGUGUAUACCGAUAGGCAUUUGAACACGUGUAACGUAAAUGCGCAUUGCAUUAUACGGACCCGUAUGUAUAUCUCGCGAAGUAUGGGAACUUUUAAUACUGGACACGUGUAUAUUAUUCCGGAUAUAUCACUCAUACAUAUCCGCGUCAGUAACGACGAACUUGUUAUCGGCGCAACCAGGUGCCUAAUUAUUCAUUGCGAAUCGCGAUUCGAAUAUCGUCAUCUUAUUUUCAAUGUAUUGUUUUUCCGUCGAAAGAGAAUAUCGCCCUGGAGUCACCCCGUAUCUCGUCAAAAUCGCCCAAAAAAUGUGCGGUUUCUCCCUCGCGGAGUCGUCGAUGACGUAGAAAUUGACUUUCGCGCUUUUCGUCGCACUCAACCGUUCACCCGUAACCUGCAUCCCUCGGCGUUGCGCUUUUCGUGCAUAUAUCACACGUAUUUACGUACGUACCCAUGCAGCGUACACGUACGACGAAUGCAUCGAACGUACACUUCUCACACCCUCUGAAAACAGGAAAUGAUUCGAGCUGCGAGGAAAAACAGAAUGAAAAAAGAACACAGCAAGAUAAAUAUGCAACGUGUAUACCUACGUAAUACGCGACCGAAGGCACGUAUCAGUUGCAUUAUCUGUAUUCCGUGCGCUGCGCUGUGAAUGAAUAUACGUACGUACGUACGUACGUACAAUAUAUGUACAACCGUAUAGUAUACGGAUGUAUCACAUGGCUACGCGUCGUCUAUCGCCUAGGUAUAAUAGCGUUAAUACCUGUACGGCAUAUGCGCACCAACGAAUGUAUUCGUGGGUUUACGACUGGGUGUGGGAAAGUCUUGUAUCUACUCCAACCGCACGGGUUUGACCUUGACAAGGAUACAGGCAUUAAAAAGAGGCGGUGAGUCGGAGGUUGAUGAAAAUGUAGAUAAUUUAUUUGAUGUUCUUUCCCCGCCCGGAGCUGCCGCUGAUCGGAGGUGAUGCCCGUGGUGCCGCAAAGAAAACGUAUACUAAGAGUCUGGAAUAAGGUAUCUAUUUAUUCGAACGUUCGGAUAGUUUGGAUCCUAUAUACCCAUAAUGACAGCUACGGCGAUAAUAAUAACAGUACGUACGAGUAUAGCGAGUGCAGGACGUGCAUGCGUGUUGCCGGAUCGUUACGAAGAUUAUAAUUAAUAAAUAGGCACUUUUACUCGGAUAUAAAAAUUUUCUCAUAGUACGUUCGCUGCGUCUCGGUAGUUUAUAGAAGUCACCUCGGAACACGGUGUGUAUAGUAUACCUGACACGAGACGGAAUAAUAAUACUUUUAUACGGGCAUUCGAGAAUAUUUGUCUUACGUGGAAUGCCGUUGAUAGCCACGCGGCUUUCUUGGACCCAGAUCAUCCCGUUUCUUGGCUCGCUCGUUCGCUCUUAUAGUCAUUACAGGGUUAAUUGAUUAAUUAACUUACAUUUACAAGAACGUUACGCUCCGCGAAUGUCCUCUUAUUGUUAUUGUUGUUCCCGACCGCGUGGCGCGCGAUAUUCUCGUUCGUUCCUUAUCACACCGAUCGACGAAAGCCGUUGGUCAAAUUUCGAGCAAAUAAUUACGUUCUUACUCACAAUCCACACAUAACCGCUUUCGACGAUCUUCGGCGUGUACUAUGACUUGUUUUGGAAAUCGCGUAAGACGCACGCACUAGAAAUGGAAGACCCAAGCCUUGAACUACUUCCCACGCGGAAGCUGUCAUAUUAUGCUAAGUAUAGUCAUAAGCGUCGCCUCAGUCAACCUUAUUAGUUCAUUCUUUAAAUAGAUUCAUUAUUCUGUUAAAAGCGGGCGUGGUGUUUAAACUUGAAUUAAGUCCGACGCUGCAAUAAGAUGAACAUUGAAGUCAUGCGGAUCCCGCGCGAUAAUUGGACUCUAAAAUUAUGAGGAAAAAAAGGGUGCGGAGGAAAUCCUGUACAUGGAACAACGUGCACCCCCGAAGGUGAAUUGUUUUACAAUCGCAUGAGACGAAGGUCCGUCGUUUAUUUGGCGGUAUCGGUGAGUUCGAUACCGACUCACAUGCCUCUGGCUGGCUUCAUCUCGCCACGCUUCGUUUCGUUUCUUGCUCUCUCGAUUCUCUCUAGAGUCGACACUCAAAGGCCAGAGCGUACAGAAUGAGCACCCUACACCGAUACGGUCCAGAGAAAAGAGAGAGAAAAAGAGCGCCGAACAGGCGGCGCAGGGGGAAAAGGGAGAGACCGAGAGAAUGAAAUAAAGAAAAGGAAAAUCAAAAGAAAAAACGGUUCGAGAGACGACGAGGCGAGUGUGUAAGUCUGUAUACCAGAGAACGUGACCGAGCUACGAGUUUAAAAGAGGAUGUAGAGCGCGAAGUGGUACGGAAAAAUCCGAACGAUCCCGAAGUUGUAGCCAACAUGAGCAUGAAUGGAGUAUCACGGUCCCCGUGCAGGACAAGCGACCGAGCGAGCGACCGACAGCAGCAGCAACAGCGUACGUCGCCGCGUCCCGCGGUGUAGAGAGCGGGGCAUCGGGGCAAUCUCUUGCUCUUUUACCGAUGGCGCUGAAGUUCGGGGGGCAGGAGGGGUUGAAAGUUGCGGGUUGUUUCAGCGGCAGGGAGGGGGAGUUAAAAAGUCGCGCACGCGCGUUACCGAUCUCCCCUGUGUCCCUCUGGGGCAAUGGCAAGAGCAAGAGCAGCAGCGGCGGGCAGCAUCAGCGGCAGCUCGAAGGAAAGGCAACGGCAGCAGGCAGCGGGAAGAACGGAGCACAGAACCCGCCUUGCUUAGCUGUUUCCCCUCUUCGCUCUCCUCUUCGGCGGUUUCGGUCGCUCGUCUCCCUCCCUUUCCUACCCCUUCCAUCCCUUUGGAGAGGAACAAGCGAACAGCGAACGGCGAUCGUGGCGACUCGGAGAACCCGGCUUCAGAAACGAGCAAGUAUCCGUCGCGAGUGUGACGCUGCGCGCCCAAGAGUGAUGUUAGGAAUAAAUCGAGUUUUUUAAAACCUCUUGUACUAUGCCAGUGCGAACGGACAACUAUUAAUAAAUAAUAACUAAAUACGAAA